GAACUGAACUCGGUCGGCAGCGCGCGGUUCAGCCGAGUUCAGUACGCCACACGAGUCCUCGUGCUCACGUGCAAAGGUGCUCGCCAGACCGACCCUUGUAUUCAAAAGAGCGACACUGUAUUUUGGCAAACAGGAAGCGUUAUUACGGAGCAUAGAAAGUAAAUAUCGAGAGUAGCUGAGAAGAGGGGAUCGAAUUCCGGUACGUCGUUCUUUCGAUGUUGCUGCUGCCUGCAAGCCUCAACGAACGAGAUAACUCAGAGAAUGCCUAACGAUAACACAGCAGUGUGCGGCUGCGGCGUAGUCCUGAACCUUCCGAAGUCGCGCAACGGCCUGACUGCGAUCUCGACCCGCAACAUCACCAUCCUCAUUCCCAAGACCAACAAGAGCAGUGGCAAAGUCGAGGGCAGACCCGGGGCGAAGAAGCCAGCGGAGAUGCUCGAGCACCAUUCGUCGAGAAGUCGAGAGCCGAACAGCCGAGCGGCUGAUUGCCACGGCAGCACGAGUUCUGUCGCUGAACAGUCGACGAGGCAGUCCGGCAAGAGCAUCAAAAAGGACAAGCGCAUCAACUCGUCCAGGAGGACCCGCAGCGCCGAAAGGGUCGAGUCCCAUUACACGUACAUAGAUUCAGGCUCGAGCAUCAUCAGAGCAGGCAUACGGGAAAAUGCGAUUGCGGAAGCUCUCUACUGCACCAUCGACGACGACGAGCCGGAGCCUCAGUCCCAGCAGCAGCAGCCAACGAGUACGAGUAUAGUCGGUAACAACAUCAGCGGUAGUAGUAGCGUAGGUGGCGGCAGUCUGAGCCAGCAGGUGAACAGCGCCGGUGGCGUUACGCAGAACAAUCGACCGCAGCAGCCCGUCUACGUAGUCCCAUCGAUGACCUCGCCGCCGCCCACCUACGACGUCGCGAUCGCAAAGUCUUGGCAGUCGAGUCUGCCUCCCUCGUAUGAGGAGUACCUUCGUCACAAGCACGCAUUGCUCUCCCGCUCGCACACACCUCCACCUCCGUGGACGGACUCGUCGACGGGCGGCGGAGCUGCGAGCCUCGACAUUCAACAAAUGAGUCGUGAGCUACUCGCCAGCGAACCUGAGUUGAGAGAGUACUUAACCCAGCUGGCAUUACAGGGUGGUGCCGAGCAGGCGGCUCAGCAUUGCCAGCAGCUGCUCAGCAAACAGCAGGCUAUCAGGAAACAGGCAGUCAGGACACAGAGGAGGAGGGCUAUGCCACCGAGAUCUCAGAGCGAGAGCCGGGCGCACCAGCAGCGCAUCGCGACGAUGUACGAGGAUGGUGCGUUUUGCAUGGAAACGACGGCGAUACAGUCGGCCUUCGAGAACGGCGUCGCCUUCUGCAGCCUCAUGUAAGGCUACGACACACGUGUGCCAAGGAAUAGAGAGAGAGAGAGAGGGAGAGAGAUAGGGAGAGAAGAGGAAACAAAAGCCGACGCCAUAGUCCAUCAAAGGAAGCGAGCAUAAAACGGAAUUGCCGCCGGGUAAAACGACUCUAUCCAACCCACGCACACUUCUACGCGCGCGCACAUACACACACGCAAACACACACACACUGUCGCAUACGUACACAGAGACAGACGGGACUGCUGAUGGGAGAGGCAAACCAAGCCGACGCGCAUUUUUUCUGGCUGGACCGGAGAGGGUCGGAGGAGAAAGGGUGGAGCGAGCAGCGCGAUAUGCCCUUUGCUAAAGUAUACAGUAGUGUAUACGCCGCGAUCGAAUGUCGCGUCGCUAAAACUAUACUUCGAUUGCACAUUUGCACGGGGCUCUGAUUACGAAUACACGCGACAGUGCACAGAACUUUCAGAUCGUAUUAUAUACCUAAUACUUACUGCAGCGUUCACUCGCGUUUUCAUUUUCGCUGCGUGCGCAGCGACCUUCUGAUGCUUCCACUUCGUCGCGAUCCUCUUCCGCCGCCGCGCUUUCUAUAUACGCUCUGCUCGUGCAGUCAAGCAAAAUUUACAUGGUAGGAGUGCCAAUAGAACGAGUCAUCUAUCAAAGAUGCAGCACACGAUAUAAUACAUUAUAGAAACGAUAUUUUCGAUAUAUGUACAUAUACAUAUGAUUUUUAUGCAUGCAGUACGUAACAUAGAGAGUAUAUAUUUACCGAGGGUAAAAGAAAGGACAGAGCUUUUUAUUUUUUGAUUCCAGUUAUAUUGCCAUGCUUUUAGGGAUUGUAGGGAUGUGUUGUAAACCGAAAGUAUGACGAGCGCUGGUAAUAUAUUUUUCUCUGAAUAAUAAAGAGAGAGACUUACGGUAUAUAUUUUGUAUAAUCAUGAAAUCUAUCGGACGACGAGAUAUGUAUAGGGAUACGCGAGCCCAUGUACAUUUUUCAUGGCUUGUUUUUGGCUGCGCUGUCGUGCGCAUAUAUUUUUCAAAAACGAAUUACAUGCGCAAAACUUUCUAUCGUCAUUGAGGAUAGAAAAUGAAGCAAAUCAUAUUAUGAAGGAAGGAUGAAAAAUGAAAAAAAUAUAAUAACGAAAAACGUGUGCAUGGACACACGCAAACCUAAGAAAAAUUGUAUUUUCGAAGCGACAAUUGAAUUUGAAGAAAGUACACGAGUCACUUCGCUUAAUUGCCAAUAUAACUGUCGAUGUAUAGGAACAAUCGAGUAGUCCAACUUUAGAAAGUUGACUUACUCGUUACUGAUCUGACAAGAAAUCAGCUUGGGUACAUAAUACACAAACACACACACACACGCACACACAAACUGUUCGUUUGAAAAUUGUUGAGUGUGAAAUUUCAAAAGUACUUAUAACGUGUUGACCAUACCUGUCCAAUGCUAUAUAAGUCAACGUUAAAUUUCUAUUCAUCUAAAACGGACACGUACACUCGCCAUGGUGACGUUGAGUAGGUUAUACAUCGGGUGAAAUAGGAUUCGACCAUUGAUGAUCAAUCGAGGUUGUUCUUCGAAAUUACCUUUAAAAGCGCGGGUGUAUUCAGGUGCUAGCGUUAAGAUACAAUGCUCAUCGGCGUCACACGCACAAUCAAUGCUAAAACACACAAGCCCGCGUAUUAUUGAUAUAAUAUGUUGAAAUGCUGCGAAUUUGUAUAGUUUAUAUUAUAGUAUACAAUGUACAUGUACUUAUCGUACUUGGUACCGUAAUUAACUUGAUAUCGCAGCGCCUAAGUACACAUAAUUAAUGCAGAAUCAUAUAGUUUUCAACGGGAUAUGUAUACAUAUGUGGCAUAAUGUCGAACACUAGCCAAAACUAUGUGAGUCUUCUCGUACGAAGUUGUGGAUAAUGUUUUAUAUAAUAUACUGUGUGAUGCAAUAAAUGUCAUAAGUCGUUUGCUGGCAUAUUAUAUCAAUAAUGAUCGAUCCAAGAGAAACGAGAAUCACAUCAGAACUGCGAGUGUCGGACAACUGAACUCUGCACUAUGCAUGCUUGAACCCUGAUUUGAGAAAAUUUACCCUAUUUCUGGCCAGAAUUACUAGUCGACGCAUGUUAAAAUGACGUUCAUUAUACAUUUUUUAAAUACGCUGAAACAAUUUCUCAUAACGUAUUUUGUUUUAACAAAUUUUUACUAGAAAUUGCGCUUAGAAAUAGGGUUAAUUUUCUACCAGGGAACGGAAAAUCUUUUUUAUAAAUAAUCUAUCGUGAGUAUAGUUGUGGCAGGAUAUUGUACGUCAUCGUUAGUACAUAGCGUAUAAUUAAUGAAAAAAAAAUCAUCACUAGCCUGUGCCAAGGUAUUAUUUAGUGCAUGUAAACGCGAUACGCGAGACUCGCAAUUUUCCAAAAUAAUUUUCAUUUACGAAAAUCUAAACCGUUGAUGGUUUAGAGUUGCAGUCAGUUUCAAUAACGUACAGCAAACGUUCUCAUCGGUUGUUGUUUGUAAGAAAGCGAGACAAGUGACUUUCCUUUAUAGAAAAAUAAAUCACCACUGAGGGUUCUGAUGAACAAAAAACCUCUGUCAAUUCUUUGGCACGUGGCGUCCUUCAAGCUUAUACUGUGUUGCUUCAAUAGUGAACAUUUUUUUUAACUUUUGUACUUUUGGUUUCAUGUACAAAACUAUUUCUAAACAAUCAUAUAAUCUGUAUGUAAAGAACAGCAUCGAGUACGAACUUCACGGCGACUAUGUCAAAAAGCACAUAUGAUUGAUGAUUUUGAUUUAGACAGAUUUGCUUGAUCUCUUAAUCCCUUUUUUGGGCUGCGUUCAUUUUUGCUACAUGAGAUUUUUGAGAUUUAAUUUUUUCAAAUUCUUUUUUUAAACUAAUAUAACUUGUUAACUCAACUUUUGAAUUUUUCAAAACGAAUCAUGAUAAUGAAUAACUGCUUUAUGAAUACUAAUAAACACUGAUUUCAUAAUAAAAUGAAUCAGCUUGCUAAGGAAGCUUGAUGCCAUUUCAAUAUGACAAUUAAAUAAUUGAUAAUAAAUAACUUUAUCAAACGUAAAGUAGAAAUACUUAUAUGGGUAAAAACAAUUUUAAUAUUGAAGCUAUAUCUACAUAAGCUUAAAGGAAGUUACCCUUCGGUGAAUUGGCAGCGGUUUACGAAUCUUCCUUAUAGAAAGGAAGCAUAUAUCCGAUUCAAAAUACGCUAGGGUCGUUCUUUUGAAACCAACUUUAGUGUAGUAUGAACAUUCAUACUACACUAGGUAGUUUAAUCAUUUAAAGAUAGACGCACAAAAUAUCGGUGGAAUAUCCGCAGGCAUCGCGCAUCGGGGCGUGAUCGAAAAUUGAGUUUGAUGCUUUUCCUCUCAACGGCGAUGCAAUGUGCUGCGAAACAAAAUAGGCAAAGUCGUAGCCCGAUCGAUCGUACAUUUGAUAUAAGAGAUAUACAAGUAACGAGUGUGUCCUAGCCGUUAAUCUGAACCUAAACUGUAGAGACUGUUCUAAUCGACUCGAAUCUGACGCGCGCGCAUACACACGGGCACACGCACACUCACUUUCGCAUUCACACGCACGGAUAUUCGCGUAAAAAAAUUUCGAGCCUGGGACGUAAAUUUAAUUUUGGGAAAAGCUCGCGCAGAUCCGUAUAAGGGUCGUCCGGCGCUCGAGACUUUUACAAUAAAUACAAGCAUAAACUUACACAGAGCUUUAUAAGUCGAUAUUGAACUCAAUAUCCAUCGCAAGACAACACUUUUAAACGAUACUGCUAUAAAUUUUAACGUGCGUCUAAACUUUGUUCAUUAAUGCGCUACAAGCUGGCUCUCUGAGGCAAAGUUUUGUUCUCUGCACAAACUUUGCAACGAUGCGUCGUUAGUUGCAUGAACGUUGCAUCAAAAUUAGUUAACAAAUUAAUGUGUUACUACUUACAGAAAAAUAAACAAUGAUUGUACAACAAAGUUCGCUGUUUAUUGGAACGAUAUAAUACAUUUUCUAAAACGAUUAAACGAUUUUUUAUUGUACGGCAAAAAAAUUAUACUGAACGUUAAAAGUUUUAAUAAGAUACUAUCAGAUACGUCAUGUCACUAGCCUUUUAAUAAUAUAUACGUUCAAUUAGUCUCUGUACCGCGGACCAUGCGUGUUAACGUAAUCAUAGAAUAUUUCUCGCUAGAACACAGUGGAUUUUCCUAGUGUUGUUUUACUACAGUCGUGAGAAUGCCGAGUCUUUUUCUUACUGUGUUUAAUUGGUAUGCUAGAAAAUUUUGUGUUUCAACUUAAUAUCUAUAUUCUAUAAUAUAGGAGGUCAGAGAGGUAUUGUUUAGAACCCACACAAUUAUUCGAAUCCGAAUUAUUUUAUAACCUGAAAUAAAUCGUCUACGAGUAAAGAUGUAUUAGUAUAUGAAACCUAUAUACACUUGAAAAAUCGUAUUUAGAAAAAAGCCUAUAGAUUAUAAUAUGGAACACAAUUUAUUUUGAUUUUCAUAGCAUAAGCUUAGAAUUAACAGAUGAGGGUUGUAAUAAGAUUGUUAUAUUUUGAAAGCCCUAUAUCUUAAGAUUUCUUAUAUAUGACUGAGGAUUUCGCGAGGCCAAUGUGGCCUAUAGAAGUGAUAUUCUAUGUAUGAAUAUCACAUUAAAAAUGAUUUGACGAAAAAUUCAAGCAGAAGUCACUAUUCGGGCCCGUACGGGUAUUAUAAAAAUAUUUGUGAAAACUGUAUCUAAGGAUGAUAUACACGUUUUUUUCUCUACGCAUGUAUGAGAAAAUUCAGCAGCUUAAUUCCAAGUUAUAUCUGCGUCAUGUCUAAGCGCACACGUGUCUGAUCAGUACAUAAAUGAAAAAAAAAAACUACUUUUCAGAUGAUAAAAGAAACGUACGAGUACAAUGGGGAUGACACUUGGAUUAUAGAACUGCCAGGAGCGCAAAAGUUCUAAAAUGUAAAGUUAUGAAGUCUAUAAUAAUGUACAUGCUGAUAUUCGGAUGAAAUUCAUGUAUGAUUUCAGCGCAUGUCUAAUAGCAAAAAUGUUCUCCAGAAAAAAAACGUACAAAAAAAAAUGCAAAAAAAGAAAAUAAUAAAUUACUACAAACUCUUAUGUAUUCGCAUCAAAUGCAGAAAGUUAACGCGUGGAUGUUUUAUUAAUGUUGAAACUGGUGAUAAAAUUUUCGCGACGUGUACUUGCACAAUUAAAUAUGUAUGCAAACACUAAAUUUCUAAAAACUGACGAGCGACUUGAAAUAAUCAGGAUUCAUUUCUAUGCAAUCGAAAAGUUGUGGGCGAUUUCUAGCGAAUGGCUCUAUCAAUAUAACCGGAAUACUAUUGAUUCACGAAGUAUUUAAAAUGUAAAUAGUGUAAAAUUGCUUAUAUUUUCUUUGCGAUUAAAUUGCACGUUGUCUUUCAACUUUAUUUGAAUACUUAUUAUCUGAAAGAGAACACUAUAUCUAGAGAUACUAUAUCGAUAAUAAAAAUCAAACAAGGUAUUUUUUUUAUACCUUAUAGAUCCAAAACUAUUUAGUUACUAAUGCGUCCAAUUUUGCGCAGUUACUUUAUUUUUGGAAACGUGAGAAGUGCAACUUGCCCAUGACUGAGAAAUUGUAUAAUCAAACAAAUCAUUAGGUAUUGAUACAAUUAAAAAGCGUCUCCUUACGCCAAUUGAAAAGCCGUGCAAUCUAGAAAAUUAUUGAUGAAGCAUUUAAUUAUAUUUGAAAAAUAAUAAUAUAUGAUUGAAAUCCAAUGAUACGAACUGAGAACAAACUUUUAAUAACAAAUAAUCACACAUUUGAAAAUUUGAAAAACCAAAAAAGGUCAAUUGCAUCGCCAAUCCCGCAUGAAUCAAUAAUUUUCUACAUUUUUAAGUCAUAAGACAUAAGCAUUAUAGGAAGAGAAUUAGUUUUAAGCAUAAGAAGCAAAUGAAAUAAAAUAAAUGUUAAAGAUAACACAGAAUAAUGUUACUAACAUACGUGUAGCACGAAAAAGUAUGAAUAUAAAAUAAAGAAGAAAAAAGAGAUACAACGAUGACGAGCAGCCUUUAACCUCGCGGUGCGUUGAAUUUCAUUACCAUGCAAAUCAAAGCGGAGUAGUGGCAAACACCUGCCGUGAGGUAGUCAUUAAUUUUCUAAUGUCAAUUUUUCGUUAUUGACCCGUGAAAAAGAGUGAAAUAAAUUCAUGUUUGUAAAAUUCUAAUCUGGAAAAAUGUUUAGUAACAGAAUGUAUUUCGUUCUUCGUGUAACAUGGAAAAUAAUAAAUAUAAUUGAAAGCAAAAGCGCCUAAUUUAUACAAAGGAAAUGCACGUAUUUUGCCAUAGAUGAUAAAUGUCCCGUAUAAAGCAUGUAUUGAAAGGGAUAAUGUCAACUCUUUUUCAAGAAAUAAAAUCAAUCUAGACUUUAUUAUAUUUCUGUAUUAUAUGAAUAUACUGUGAAUACACUCGGUUUCAAAAAUGUUGAAUAAAAGUACAUAAUACUUGCAGGAAGUGUAAUUUUUCGUUUGCCGACAUUUUUUGUGAAUACAAAGAUAAAUUUGAGAGUAAAUAUGUGUAAAAAAAACUUAUAGCUGAACUAUUAUUUGGAAUGUUCUACGGGAAAUAUGUUGGACAAACGAAAAAAGGUUGUACAAGAUGUCGAUAACCGAAUGUAUAAGAGAUCAUAAGAGAGAAAGUAUGAUUUUCAUGCAACUCAUAUUUUUGUAUGAUUCGAACGUCGGUCUAUGCCCGAUCGCAUUACCAACGAUGAGAGUCAAUAAAAUGCCAAUUUAUUAAACGAGAGUCUAUCAUUAUUGUAUAAUAAUAUGUAUUGUCUGCCAAGCGUGUGCAGUAAUUAGAAUAAUAUUAACGUAAUUAUAUGCUAUACAUACAUUGUAUUACGUGUUGUGUAUAUUAUAAAUGUUUAGAGGACCAAAAAAUACAUUCUACCAAUGUAAACAA